GCACCCGAGGGCCCGGCGCGGGGGUCCAAGGUGUCGUUCUCGUGCCGCGGGGCGGGCGCGGGGCCGGGGCCGGCGGAUGAGGCGGGCAGCGAGGAGGCGGGCCCCGCGGGGGAGCCGCGCGGCAGCCAGGCCAGCUUCAUGCAGCGGCAGUUCGGCGCGCUCCUGCAGCCCGGCGUCAACAAGUUCUCGCUGCGGAUGUUCGGCAGCCAGAAGGCCGUGGAGCGCGAGCAGGAGCGCGUCAAGUCGGCGGGGGCCUGGAUCAUCCACCCGUACAGCGACUUCAGGUUCUACUGGGACUUCACCAUGUUGCUCUUCAUGGUGGGAAACCUCAUCAUCAUACCUGUGGGCAUCACCUUCUUCAAGGAUGAGACCACCGCCCCGUGGAUCGUGUUCAACGUGGUCUCGGACACGUUCUUCCUCAUGGACCUGGUGCUGAACUUCCGCACGGGCAUCGUGAUCGAGGACAACACGGAGAUCAUCCUGGACCCCGAGAAGAUCAAGAAGAAGUACCUGCGCACGUGGUUCGUGGUGGACUUCGUGUCUUCCAUCCCCGUGGACUACAUCUUCCUCAUCGUGGAGAAGGGCAUCGACUCCGAGGUCUACAAGACGGCGCGCGCGCUGCGCAUCGUGCGCUUCACCAAGAUCCUCAGCCUCCUGCGGCUGCUGCGUCUGUCGCGCCUCAUCCGCUACAUCCACCAGUGGGAGGAGAUCUUCCACAUGACCUAUGACCUGGCGAGCGCGGUGAUGCGCAUCUGCAACCUCAUCAGCAUGAUGCUGCUGCUGUGUCACUGGGACGGCUGCCUGCAGUUCCUGGUGCCCAUGCUGCAGGACUUCCCGCGGAACUGCUGGGUCUCCAUCAACGGCAUGGUGAACCACUCGUGGAGCGAGCUCUACUCCUUCGCGCUCUUCAAGGCCAUGAGCCACAUGCUGUGCAUCGGGUACGGGCGGCAGGCCCCCGAGAGCAUGACCGACAUCUGGCUGACCAUGCUGAGCAUGAUCGUGGGCGCCACGUGCUACGCCAUGUUCAUCGGCCACGCCACCGCCCUCAUCCAGUCGCUGGACUCCUCUCGGCGCCAGUACCAGGAGAAGUACAAGCAGGUGGAGCAGUACAUGUCCUUCCACAAGCUGCCCGCCGACUUCCGCCAAAAGAUCCACGACUACUACGAGCACCGCUACCAGGGCAAGAUGUUUGACGAGGACAGCAUCCUGGGAGAGCUCAACGGGCCUCUGCGGGAGGAGAUCGUCAACUUCAACUGCCGGAAGCUGGUGGCCUCAAUGCCACUGUUUGCCAACGCCGACCCCAACUUUGUCACGGCCAUGCUGACCAAACUCAAAUUCGAGGUCUUCCAGCCCGGUGACUACAUCAUCCGAGAAGGCACCAUCGGCAAGAAGAUGUACUUCAUCCAGCACGGUGUGGUCAGCGUGCUCACCAAGGGCAACAAGGAGAUGAAGCUCUCUGAUGGCUCCUAUUUUGGGGAGAUCUGCCUGCUGACGCGGGGCCGGCGCACGGCCAGCGUGCGCGCCGACACCUACUGCCGCCUCUACUCGCUGAGCGUGGACCACUUCAACGAGGUGCUGGAGGAGUACCCCAUGAUGCGGCGGGCCUUCGAGACUGUCGCCAUCGACCGCCUGGACCGCAUCGGCAAGAAGAACUCC